AUGCCAAGAGACGAGAAACAAACUUCGACUGCUAAAAAAGAAAUGAAGCUAGUUGACGGUAUGAAAAGGAGAGAUCUUUCCGGAGAAAGUUUGUUGAAAAAGAGUUUGUGGGCUUCUCGAAAUAAAUUCAUAGAUAGUGAAAAGGAGAAUGCAGAGAUGAAUAAAAAUACUACUAUGAAUCUUGAGAAGUUUAACAGCACUGAAAUUGGAGACUUGGGGAACGCAAAUAGUAUAGUUGGCAGCAAAGAGACAAAGAAUGUGGAUAGUGCUAACAGCAAUAGCAGCGACGUAGUAUCGAGAUUUUUGUAUGACAGGCUUCAGAAAGAGGUUAUAAAUUUGAGGAAGUAUUGUGAGUUUAAAGAAUGCUCUUUGAAUGCUAAAGAUGAAGAAAUCAAGAUACUCAUGAAGAAGAUAGAAACCCUGUUAAAAGCCAUACAAAUAGAGUCUAAGAAAACAAAGAGAAAAGCUGCAAUAAGAGAGACUGAGGGCGUGUUCGGUAGAGAUUAA